AUGGACGCCAAUGGUGACUACGGAGAUUUCAUCGACCCCUACUCUGAUGAUGACUUUGAAUACUUUGUUGAAACUCCUUCGAUAUACCAACCUAGCGCCGACUAUCUCUACUAUCCCCUUUGUCUUGGAGAAGUUCUGAACUCCCGAUACCGCGUGGAGCAUAAGCUGGGCCACGGCGGCUUUUCCACAGUCUGGAUGGCCUUUGACCUGAAGAAACAAACCGAUGUUGCGCUCAAGAUCUUGACUGAAGGUCAGGGGUCAAAUGAAUAUCAUAUGCAGAACGAAAUCCUCCAGAAUGUGAAAGAUACAUCUCGUUUAACUCUGUAUCUCGAUACUUUUGUUCUUCCUGGAGAUCACAGGGUUCUUGUCUUUCCCUUGCGUAGCCCAAUGCUCUCCGUAAUCACGUUAAAGGCCAAAUCCAUGGCUACGCGCAUGUCUGCAGCGAGACAGUUGCUUCAGGAAUUGGAGAGUCUACACAAGGCUGGAAUUGUACAUCGAGACCUCAAUCCGGGGAACUGUAUGUGGAACAUAAAAUCCCUGGCUCAUCUAGAAAGAGACGACCCAAGCCCAGCAUGUGAUAUCUGGAGCUAUAUGUGUAUCUUCUCAACACUGUGGUGUGGGAUUACCCCAUUUCAUACCAGGCCCGGUGAGCAGGAAGUGAGUACCAUGGUGGCCAAGUUAGGGCCGCUGCCGCUGCCGUUCAAAGGCCACUACAUCUGGCCUGAGGAGGAGGAGGAUGCAUGGUAUAUCCACACGCCCAAUCCACGAAACCCCGGAUGGGAUCUUGAAGGAACAAUCACGAAAUUCUCACAUUUUUCCGGCACCGAGGAGCGAAAGCAUGUACUGUCGCUUAUGCAUAAAUGCUUUAGGUACCUCCCCGAGGAGCGCCCGACGGCAACGCAGCUUCUCCAAGAUCCGUCAAGCAAUCAUGGAUAUGUACUGUUAGUAGAGGAACAUUUCCUGUGUGGUUGA